CUUUAUAAGGAUAAGCUGGACGUGAGCUGGGACUGUUCUACAUUGACGAGCAAAUUCUCUGUCCUAACCAAGCCCUUCUCUUUGGGUCGCCUUCAUGUCGUUUUUCAAGACAGCGCCUAUGAGAAAUUCCAGAGGUCUGUAAGUGCACCCCGAUGGUUGGAAGACAGACGCUCCGGAUGGACGGCGGUAAUUGCUCCGGGGCGGUUGUGGAUGACAGCCCAGCAUCCAGUCCGAGCUCCAGCCCCAGUCCUGACGGUCGUCGUCGGGAGCUCCACCGGGCCAGGGUGCUGCAGACCGGCGGGCUCGGCGGCAGAGGUCGGCCGGCAGCAGCGAACGCAGCGCGGGAGAGGAGCCGGGUGCAGACGCUGAGAAACGCGUUCCUGGAACUCCAAAGGACUUUGCCGUCAGUGCCGCCUGACACCAAGCUGUCCAAACUCGACGUGUUGAUACUGGCCACCACCUAUAUUGCCCAUUUGACUCGAACACUACAAGAGGAAGGUACGGAGGAGGGAGAGAGCACAAAACAAACAGAGGCGUUACACUCACUGAAAGGUGAAGGCUACCUGCACCCAGUGAAGAAAUGGCCAAUGCGAUCCAGACUGUACGUCGGAGCAACCGGACAGUUCCUGAACACUUCAGGUCCUUCAGAGUCAGAGAACCAAGGCCCAUCGUCGUCCACCUCCCAGUAA